CGCAUACACACUGUGCGCUACAGUAAUGCUUAUUAUUUACUCAUAUGGGCACAAGGUGGUGAUUACUGUGCGUAUUUUAAUCUUGGCUCAUUUCAAAUUAAAAACUGCAACUUUAUGCACUAAUUGCGAUCUUUAAAAAGUGGUCUCAAAGUGCUGUCUAAAUUUUAGUCUAGUUUAAGGUAUAGAAAUGGAUUCCAAAUAAUAUAGUUUUGGACCAUUGGGGUGCAUUAAUGUUGUUUGUACCUUGGGGAACAGAAAUGUACCCUAUUUUUCUUACAUUGUACAAUGAAUAUUUCUAGAGGCGAAGGUUUCGUUUCAUGUUUAGGUUUCGUUUUAGGUUUCGUUUCCCUUGAAAAGAAACGCUUUGUAAGGAAGUACCACACUGCCUGUGGAAACUCCAUUUUAAAGAUUUUAGUUUUUAUUAAUAAACGAAGCAAGUUUUCUAUACAAAAUUUAUAGUCAUGACUUUUAAUUCCCGGUUAGACACAGAAAGCGAGAAGAAGCUGCUGAAGCUCUUUGACCCGAAUGUCAAUUUUCGCCUGCUUUACAAGGGAAGUCACUUCCGCUUUGAUAUUAGCAAGCUUUUUGAAAUAUGUUCGGAACAGGGAAGUUUUAUACUUAUUGUGUAUUUUGAGAAAUAUAUUUUCGGAGGAUUUCUUAAAAAGUCUCUUCCACACAGUAACAAACAAGUAGAAGACGAAGAUGCCUUUGUCUUCAGUUUGCGUGACAUGGACUCGACCGCAACCCGCUUUUCAGUAAAUAAAGGCUAUCACGCUUUUCAUAGGAAUAACUAUAGCAUUUCAUUUGGAAACUGUCUAAAAGUCGCGGCAUCUAAGGGGGAAUUCCACGUAGAUUUAUGUUCUACAUGUGAUUUUAACUGCCCAAAAUGGAGCAGGAAAAAACAACUCUGUGAUGAAGUGGAAUUGCAUCGCGUCCAAGCUGGAGAUUUGCUCCCUGGACCUUGGCGGGGUCUUCCAUGGACAGAGGCAAACAGAGAUGAACUGAGGAAGAAUCUGGUCUCCUAUGAACCUCCCAUUGCGGAGCUGACCCAGGUACGGGUUCUGCUGCUGGGACCAGCGGGAGCUGGGAAAUCUAGUUUCAUCGGUUCCAUUAAAUCUGCGCUGUACGGACACAUCGUGAACUUGCCUGGCAUUGGCUCCAAACCUGAUGGCUGCAUUAAAAAGCUGAAGUCCUACCCAAUCCGGGCAGAGAAAGGAGGCCAGCCAAUAGCGCUGACUCUGUGUGAUGUAUGGGACCUGGGGGACACUGAGGAAACCGGACUCAGCCUGCAUGAUGCCCUGGCCGUUAUCAAAGGACACGCACCAGAAGGAUACAAGUUUCAGAGUGGAAUGCCCAUUAAUCUCAGUAGUGCCAGUUGUUGCCUGGAUCCUGAACUGCAGGAUAAGAUCCACUGUGUCGUGUUUGUCCUGAACGCACGUGAUCUUCACUCCUAUGGGGAAAGCCUGGUAAAGAUGAUAAAGAAGCUUCGCAGAGAGAUCUCUGACUUGGAUGUUCCCCAGUUGGUUCUGCUGUCCCAUGUAGAUGAGGUGUGCCAUGCAGUAAAUAUGGACGUGCGCUACGUCUACACCAGCCGCAUUGUGCAAAAGAAGGUGCAAGAGGCAGCCAGUUUGGCAGGUGUGCCGGUCUCCUUUGUGCUACCGGUCAAGAACUACAUGAGUGAGCUGACAGUGAACCGGGACAAUGAUAUCCUCAUCUUUAGUGCAGUCCGGCAAAUACUAUACGCCAUCGAUGACACCUUUGAGGUCUAGUCAGCCUUCUUGGAGACUUCAGCAUUUGUGAUAAUGUUCUUUUCUAUGUGCCACUAAGCCAGCUUAUAUUCUCUUAUUUCUACUAAAUAUGUUCAUAUAAUCAUAAAAUAUUGGUGUACUGUACAGACACUAUCCACUGUUGUGUUGCAUGCUUUAUGAAAAUGAGCGCAUUAUAAGGCUUUGAGUGCUAUGCUGUUCUAAAUGUAGUGUAUUGGAAAUUAAAAUAUCAGUAAAAUUAAUCAUAAUUUACAGACCUUUCCAGGUCCAUAAAAACUAUUCAAAUGUUUUGGACAUAAUAUACAUGACAUCAAAUCCAAACCUGUCACUAUAUAUCUGAAAGGCUGUUUAGGGUCCAAAGAAAGCCAGUUUGAAGAACAUCAAUAGACAAUUUCCCCACAUGGAUCAAUAAGGUAUGAUGAGGAUGA